UUCGGGGACAAGUAUGACUCUGGAUUCAUUAAGAUCAAGGGUGUCAGAGAGGUGAGCUCAUGGGAAGGGUAUAUGAGCUGACUAUCUUAGGACAAUCUCGAGUACGACCCUGCACGAGAUGGACCACGAGAUGAGGCUCACCAAAACGACUGGGAUGCGCGAUCACGUACUUCCACAGACAUGCUGGGAACGUCCACUCGACCGACGACUCCAGGCACAGACGACAUGUUCAGGUCGUAUCCUGAAACGCCCUUCACCUAUAAAUCUCCGGAAAACAGCAUGCGAAUGGGCAAUAACCCUUCAACCGAUUACUUGCUAGCAAGGGGUGAGGGGUCAGAUAUUGCAAAUGCUGGAUUCGGAUUUGGCGGCUAUCCUGCACCUGGGUACAACCGAGGCGGUGGUGAUGGUGAGGCCUAUGGACGUCAACAACGAUUCAAUCAAGGUCUAGGCAUGGGAUUGCGAUCUCAAUCUCAAGAAUCCGUCACAGGCGUGCCAUUGCUGCAACAUGCUCCUCAGCCUGAUGGCGAACCGAGGCGUGCACGGUCAAGACAAGGGAGUACCAGCACUGUCGGAGCGCCUUACCCUCCCACGGCUUACACUCAACCUGUUCCGCACGGCUAUACUCCACCUGGAGCUCCACGACAACGCUCUGGGAGCGAUUUGAGCUAUAACGGUGGGGGAGGAUCGGCUGGAGCACCUCAUCAGCCUCAACCAUGGGAGAGCAAUUCCGACUUGUCAAGAAGUCGACAGCCUUCUAUCGGGUACGGACUACCCCCAGGAGCAACAAUGACGGGCUACAAUGAUUCAUUCGCGCCCUCUCACGUCCCACGACAAGGAUCAGCAUCGAGUCAAGGUCAAGGCCAAAAUCGACAAUCUCCACCAGUGCAAAUGGAUCGAUAUGGCUCGCCGGGUCCCAUCCUUCGACACGAGUCUCCUGUAUCGUAUAGCACGCCGCCGCCAGGAUCUCAAGACCCUAGAAGCCAACACCCUCAAGGAAUGAGACAGCCUAGUGCGUCGGGUCCCGGGGGAGGUAUGAGACCGGGUGGACCGCGUGGUCCGAGCGGAGGAGGGCCACCGAAUCAAGGGAGGUACGAGGACCCUUAUGGGAGGUAUCAGUGAGGAAGGGCGAACUGUGAGCGCAGGAGUAAGGGUCUUACGAGCUCCGCGAAUGGGGUAUCUCAAACAAGAGGACGAGCAUGAGGGAAGAGGUCGCUGGACGACACAUGAUGUUUACGCUGGCCCAAAAGGCGACGAACAAUCUUUGUAAAAUGACGCGCUCUCCGCAUACUAUAGCAUUCACGGGUCGACGAGGUCCUCCCUUGCUCGCCAGUCGAGCUAAGGAGGGCCUUAUGUCCUGAUCAUAAUCAACACUUGACCCUUCCGUAGAUCAUAUAACCCAUGGACAUUUGAUCUGUUUUACUAUAUACUUGGUGGCAGUGUGUGCCAAAUACCGGGAAACAGGCCUUUGCGGUUGCCGAGUGGAGCACACUUCCCAUACAGGUGUAUUCUUGACACCAUGACGGUCAAAGUCAUUCGCAUAGCUCU